AUGACUCUGUCCUCCCACCCAGUUCGCUUCCAAAGAAGUGUGGUGGCGGCUAAGAGAAAUCAGAGUGUGGAGACGACCUUUGCCCUCUUAGGCGUCACAGACUAUUCUGGGUUUCAGAUUCCUCUCUUUCUUGUAUUCCUGAUCAUGUACAUCGUCACCGUCAUAGGGAAUCACGGAAUGAUAAUAAUCAUUCGGAUCAACCCGAAAUUUCACACACCCAUGUACUUUUUCCUUAGUUACCUUCCUUUUGUCGAUUUUUGUAAUUCCUCCAUCGUUACUCCGAAGCUGCUUGAAAACUUGGUGGUGGGUGAUAAAAGCAUCUUCUAUGGUAGCUGCAUGCUGCAAUAUUUUCUCGCCUGUUCUGCAGUGGUGACUGAGUCCUUCCUGCUGGCUGUCAUGGCCGAUGACUGCUUUGUGGCUAUCUGCAACCCUCUGCUUUAUAUAGCGGCCAUGUCUCAGAGGUUCUGUGCCCUGCUGGUGGCUGGCACAUACCUGUGGGAUGUUUUUCCCUUGGUACUCCUUUGCUGUGCUCUCCAUUUAGACUUCUCUGGAUAUAACAUAAUCAACCACUUUUUCUGUGAGUAUACUGCUCUGAUAGCUGUCUCUAGUUCUGAUGUGCACAUUCCCCACCUUCUGCUUUUUGGGUUUGCCACCUUCAAUGAAGUGAGUGCACUACGAAUCAUCCUCACAUCGUACCUUUUUAUUUUUGUGGCUGUGCUGAAAAUCCGUUGCAGUGGACGUCGCAAAGCCUUCUCCACCUGCACCUCUCAUCUGACUGCCGUCACCAUCUUUCACGGCACCAUUCUUUCCCCCUACUGUGUGCCUAACUCCCAGAACUCCUAGCAAACAAUCAAAGUGGCUUCGGUCUUCUAUACUGUGGUGAACCCCAUGCUGAACCCCCUCAUCUACAGCCUGAGGAACAAAGAUGGGAAGGAUGCCUUCAGGAAAUUAAUAGAGACAAAAGUCCCAUUUCACUGA